CAGCGUCCCGAACCCGCUUCAGUACAGCCUCCAGUGAAUUUCGGGCUCUCGAUUACUGGGUCGCUGUACACAACAAUAUCGUUUGCAUACACGGCAGCAUUCUACGGUCCCAUCGUUGAACGAAGCAUCAAACACCUUAAUGUGAAUGGUGCCCUAGGCAAACCUAACGGCAUUCGUCCAAAUUGUAUUUGGAUAUACGAUUCAAAGUCUCGCUGGAACAAAGUCAAUACGAUGCCAGUUACUACGCGAAACCCGUUCGGAGACUCCGUCUGCUGUUCCCAACUGUGUGAGCGCAUUGCGCUUAUCGAAAUAAGUCAUGUUUGUCCUAGAAAACGCCGAAAAUUACUCAUGUGCACACAGUGUUGGAAUUUUGAGUCUGAAACGUUCAUCAAAAUCCCGCAAGAAUGGGAUUUCAAGGUGGAAUUU